AUGGCAGCUGUUGUCCAUUUGGGGCUCAAUAACUAUGUCAACACUACCAUCCAUGAGAGUUUUAUUGAGACUCUCAACAAAAAGUACAUUGUCAAAGCGCCCGGACAUAUCACCGACGUAUUCCCAACCCUUCAAUCACUAUUUGAAGAGUUGCUCAAGAGAUUCUACAAUAACACUAGGAUACCUGAUGGCGUGGAGGACACACCAGCACUCAGACUAGCUAUAUUUAUCAUCACGAUCUGCCUUCUUGGUAACAUUCCAAUCACACUUGUUGGAAUGACAAAUCAAAAGGCGUUCAAGAUCGUACGAAACAAUCUAACUGAUGACAACCAACCAUGGAGGACACACUUCUGGACAAUGCUAAGGUAUCCCGGUCCCAUCCACAAGAUUCAUGGAACCAACCUGGUGACCCCUAGUGAUGUCCAGGAACUGUUUGAUCGGCCAAGCACAUGUCUAUUCCAUGAGGUUGGAAUGGUCAUUGUGAAGGAUGCCGGUCAGCUCACCAAUGAGUCCAUGCAAGUUGUUAGCCAACAUAUCAAAAUCAUUGAGUCUAGCGACUACAAUGACAUGGCACAGACACUUGUCAUACUCUCAAACACAACAUCACUUGCACUAGCAAAGUAUAUACAUAUCCGUGAUCAAACUUUGUUUCUCAAGUAA